CUAUCUGACACGUGUCUUUAAGUCUUAAAUUUUUUGCCUUUUUCACGUUCGAUAAAAGCAAAGCAAAAAAAGAUCAAUUAAAUUGGAACGAAGAGGGCUCUCUGAUCAGUCGUGUGUAAUAAUUCUUCUAUUUCCCUCCCACUCGACCAAAUUGAUCUGAUCGGAAUCUCUAAGGCGGAGAUUGAGAGAGAGAGAGAGAGAGAGAGAGGGGGAAGAGGGCGUGGGCGCGUGGGAUUCUAAUGGCGUCGAAUUCGGAAACGAGGGGAUCAUCGGCGGAUUACGAAACAAUGAUGUCAGCAUCGGACGUAGAGCUAUUGAAGAGGGCGUGGCGUAACGAGAAGGCGGCGCCGGAGAUUCUUCAGUACGAAGGAGCUCUUGUAGAAAGAGCCAAAGAGCAGAUCGAAUUAGUGGAAGAAUCAGUUGAGGAUUAUGUGGAAAAUGGUAAAGACCCUUUAUUGGUGUCACUUUAUCAGAUGGAUUUGGACAGAACCCAGUUUCUACUCAGAUCCUAUCUCAGGGUUAGGCUUCUCAAGAUUGAGAAGUUUAUGUUCCACAACCUCAAGUCAGAAGAAGCUGAAAGGCGGCUUUCUGAGCAGGAGAGAGUCUUUGCUACAAAGUGUGCUGAUGAUUUGGCAAAGCAUUUCGAAGAGACUGUCCUGCUUAAGUUACCCGAGAAUUAUCAGUCGGUCCUCAAGCAAUCCCAAAUAAGUGAAGUGGAUGAUAUGGUGCCGCAGCCCCAUUUGGAUACCUUUGUUGUUUGUAGAAGCAACAACUUUGUCUCCCUCAAUCUAUAUGAAGAAGGAGAGAGCCCUGAGACUGUGGAAAUGGAGCGCGGUGAUCUCUACUUCAUACGCUACAAGAUUGUUAAAGGAGCAAUCGAAUCUGGCCAAAUUGACUUGAUCUGACCUCAAUCAUGGAUGUUUGACUCAAAUCUCUUUCUUUCCAUAGCUAUUAAGCGAAAGAUAGUGCUACCAUUGUUGUUCAUUCAUUUAUCUUAUGAACCUGAUUUACUUGAGUUGUAUAGUGGAGGAUUUUUCUAUAUUGUUCUGAGUUUCCUAAUGUCUUGAUUAAAAAAACCUCUUAGUAUCCUCCUUGUAGCCUAGCAAAGCUAUUCAUUCA